AUGACAAGGGAUACUGAGGCCAAUUCCUCGCAAGAGCAUGAUAUAGUCAGGCCUCUCAAGUCAUGGAAAGGCUACAUUUGGGACACAUGGGAACUACCCAGCGACCAGCGUUGGCUAUUGUUUAAGCUUGACGCGUUUGUGCUAACAUUUGCAUCUAUUGGUUAUUUUCUCAAAAACCUGGACCUUCAAAAUGUCACAAAUGCAUACCUUAGUGGCAUGGAGGAGGAUCUGGAGAUGUUCGGCAACCAACUGGUGACAAGUACCUCUAUUUUCACAGUCGGAUAUGUUAUUGGUCAGAUCCCCGCGAACUUACUGUUGACUCGCAUUUCGCCUCGCUGGGUGAUUCCGUCGCUCGAGAUUGGUUGGGGAAUUGCAACUAUGUGCAUGUCAAGUGUAAAGUCAUACAAAGCUCUCUAUGCGCUUCGAUUCCUGGUAGGCCUUUUUGAAUCUGGGUUUUACCCCGGCAUUCAUUAUCUUCUCGGAUCAUGGUACACACCACAAGAGAUUGGAAAGCGCGCAAUGAUAUUCUGGCUUGCCGGCCAUAUUGGGAAUUUAUUCAGUGGUUUUCUUCAAGCAGCUGCUUACACAAACUUGAACGGUGUGGAUGGCCGGGCUGGCUGGCGAUGGCUGUUCAUCAUCGAUGGCAUCAUCACGCUACCGCUCGCCCUGGCCGGCUAUCUCUUCUUCCCUAAUCUUCCACAAAGUGGCAAGAAAACUUGGUGGAUAACUAACGAGGAACAUAUUCUCUCUGUCAAUCGAAUGCAGGCGAUUGGGCGUGCUGGAAAGGAGCCUUGGAGUAUGGCUAAGUUGAAAAGGAUUUUGUACAGCUGGCACACAUAUCUACUCCCCAUGAUAUACAUUCUGUGGAACAAUGGAUACCCACAGGUUGGUAUGGGUUACUGGCUGAAAAGCUUCAAUGCAGACCCCCCUCCUGUCCCGGGCAAGUCAUACACGGUGGCUGACAUUAACAACUUACCAUUGGUCACGACUGGUAUCUCUAUCUUCGUGUGCUUUAUUUGGGGUUUGCUCUCUGAUGGUCCCUGUCGGGGAUCACGCUGGCCUUUUAUCCAUAUCGGUGCCGUUAUCACGGUAUGUACUUUUGACCCGUAUGCCCAAGAUGAUUCGGCGGUAACAUUUGUCAAGCUCGUUAUGUGUGUUCUACUGCGCCAGAUGCCUCUCUAUACCAACAUCCCUGGGCGCAUGGCCGUAUAUUGGCUCAGUAAUAUCGGAGUAUGUCAAAGUCCUAACACGUCAGACGUGAUCUUCAGCUAA